AUGAUUGGUCCCAUCGGUGCCAAGAGGGUCAAAACACCAGAGCUCGCGGGCGAAUCUGCUGUGCUCGUCGGUAGCUUCAGCCCAUCAAAGUACUUCGAGGAAAAAUAUUUCUGGGAGAAGGCAAACGUUGGGCCUUUCUUCCUCUUCCUCUUCUUUGCGCCCACUUUCUACCGUUCCUUCAAGGAUUUCUACUGGACGCAGCAGCUCCGCAAGCUGAGCACCGAAGAGAUCAUCAGUGAUCGUUAUGAGUGGCUUCGAUUGAACAUGCUGAAGGACGAAGUUGAGGCUUGUCUGCUGUCACAGGUGCCUGAGGGAGGGAUCAAGCCCCUGGAGCUGGGCCCUUCUAAGGUCGAGUGA